AUGGCAAUUGGUAUGAAAUUUGACACUAACCCAAAUACUAUGCCUUCUCUGCCAGAUUAUGUCCCCCCAACCAAAGGACCUCUUUCACUAUUACCAGCUACUUGGGUGCCAUACGCUCAGCUUAUGCGAAUAGAGAAACCAGCAGGUUACUUUGCAUUCUACUUCCCUCACAUUGCUGGCUUACUCUUUGCACAAUCUCAUGCUGCCAACUUAUCUUUUCCACGCCCCAGCUUCGAGCAGCGCCUUGUUCCACAUUUGUACGUUUUAAGCGGAUGUCUAUUUCUGCGUGGAGCUGCAUGCACAUGGAACGAUUUUCUAGACGCCCCCUAUGAUCGACAAGUUGCACGAUGCAGACUGCGACCCAUUGCACGGAAUGCUGUCAGUGGACCUGCAGCUCUGGGUUUCAUGGCCAUUCAAACAGUACUAGGAGUGUUAACGACCCUUGCGCCACUGCCUCACUCGGCUCGCGCACCAGCUGCCUUGCUUUCCGCUACGCAGAUAGUGUAUCCUCUAUGUAAGCGAUUCACCGAUUAUCCACAGUUGUGGCUUGGUGUCUCAUUUGCUUUCGGAGUUGGCGUAGGCGCCGGAGCAGGUGGUAUCGACUUUGUGGAGAUGUGCGGAAGAUUAGAUGCACUAGAAAGUAGUGAGGCACGCAUCCUUUGCGCUCUUGCUUGCCUGUACUUCUUUGUCGUACUUAACACGUUGAUUUAUGACACCGUAUAUGGGCACCAAGACCUAAAAGACGACUUGAAAGCAGGAGUCAGAAGUUUAGCGGUGGCAUGGAGAGACAACACCAAAAGAAACUGCGCAGUUUUGGCGGUAAUUGAGAUUGCUUUACUCUUAGCUACUAGCAUCCUUGGCAGGUUGACUAUGGGCUUCGAUAUAUUGGCGAUUGGUGGCACGACAUUGGUGCUCAUCAUGAUGUUGUACUCGGUCAAGCUCGAAGAUCCCGAAAGUUGCAUGACGUGUUUCAAGUGGCUCAUCUGGGGAACUGGUGCCACUCUAUCUCUGGGCUUGUUAUCUUCUUGA